CCUUCGCAUCUUCCUUUUCUUCCACACUUGUCUUUCUUCUCAUCAUCUCCCAUUUCUCUGUUUUUCUCUGAGCUUUUUCGUUCAACAAAUGGAGAGACUUACCUUGACUGGGUUGUUGCACAAAUCUGCAACUGAGUUCCCAAAUCGCCGUGCUCUUUCUGUUUCUGGUAGACUCGAUUUGACGCACUCAGAGUUGCGCCACCUUGUUGAUCACGCCGCUUCUCUCCUUGUCGCUUCCGGUGUCGCUCCUGGCGAUGUCGUCGCUCUCACUUUUCCAAACACCGUUGAGUUUGUGGUGAUGUUUUUGGCCGUUAUUCGGUGUAGAGCCACCGCAGCGCCGCUAAAUCCCGCUUAUACGGCCGAGGAAUUCGAGUUUUACCUCUCCGACUCUGAAUCAAAGCUCCUCGUUACGUCACCAGAAGGCAUCCAAUCCGCUCAAUCCGCUGCCGCCAAGCUCAACAUACCUCGCGUGGCCGCCACGCUCAAUGAAAAAAUAAAAACGAUGGCCCUCUUUUCGUCAAAUACCGAGUCAAACGUCGCUUCGGUCAGCGGACUCCUCAACGACGCGUCUGAUGUGGCGCUCUUCCUACACACAUCUGGCACCACCAGCCGCCCCAAAGGCGUGCCUUUGACUCAGCUUAAUCUCGCUUCCUCUGUUUUGAACAUAAAGUCUGUGUAUAGGCUCACUGAAUCUGAUUCCACUGUUCUCGUGUUGCCUCUGUUUCACGUUCAUGGUUUACUUGCCGGUCUGUUGAGCUCACUAGUGUCUGGAGCCGCCGUCGCUCUUCCAUCCGCGGGAAGGUUCUCGGCCUCGACUUUCUGGCUAGACAUGAUUGCUUAUAAAGCCACUUGGUACACCGCCGUCCCCACGAUUCACCAAAUCAUACUCGACCGCCACGUCAGCAAGCCGGAGCCAGCUUACCCGAAACUGAGGUUCAUCCGGAGCUGCAGCGCAUCUUUGGCACCGUCUAUAUUGGACCGCCUGGAGGAGGCUUUCGGGGCUCCCGUAUUGGAGGCCUAUGCAAUGACUGAGGCGUCUCAUUUGAUGGCUUCUAACCCGUUACCCGAAGAUGGUGGGCACAAGGCCGGGUCGGUUGGGAGACCCGUUGGUCAAGAAAUGGCGGUGUUGGAUGAGAACGGGGUAGUGCAAUCGGCUGGUGUUAGUGGGGAGGUAUGCAUUAGAGGACCAAAUGUGACUAAGGGCUAUAAGAACAAUGUCGAGGCUAAUAAAUCUGCAUUUCAAUUCGGGUGGUUCCAUACCGGAGAUGUUGGGUUUUUCGACUCGGAUGGAUACUUGCACCUAGUGGGUAGGAUCAAGGAGCUCAUUAACCGUGGAGGCGAGAAGAUCUCACCGAUUGAAGUUGACGCAGUACUUCUGUCUCAUCAAGACAUUGCCCAGGCAGUAGCCUUUGGAGUCCCAGAUGAUAAAUAUGGUGAAGAGAUAAAUUGUGCUAUAAUUCCAAGGGAAGGAUCAGAAAUUGACGAGGCUGAAGUACUUCGCCACUGCAAAAAGAAUCUUGCAAGUUUCAAGGUUCCCAAGAAGGUUUUCAUCACUGAUUCUCUCCCAAAAACAGCUACUGGAAAGAUUCAGCGCAGGAUUGUGGCAGAGCAUUUUCUUGCUCAAAUCUCAACUGCCAAAGUUCCCAAAUUUGGUGCUUAAUCAGCCAUUUCUCGGAAACAAUUUUAUAUUCCGAUACAUAACCUGCUCAUUGAUGAUGCCUAUACAUGAUUAGUGAUUAUACAUUCAUCUGUUAUUCUAUUGAUUACAAGGACACCCACAGGCUGUUUCCUUCUUGGUGCACAAAAUUUCUUCAGCUGAAGCUGAUACGAUGUCAAAAGUUAUUUGUUGAAUGAUAAAAGUCAAAAAAACUAUUUGACAGAAACUUCUUGUAAAAUUCCUGCUGUGUUUGAAGAGCUGAAAUAUUGAGUUAAUUAUUCACAGACUAA